AUGCACUGUUCACGUGAACUUCUCACUCCGAUUGGUUGCUGAAGCCGUGCCCUCGAAACACUCACGCACAUUAUUGGCUGAGAGGUGGCAUGCCCACAUGGUCAACUGAAAUCUCCCUCUGUACACAAGCCGCUCUUGUUAAUAAAAGUCGCCGUCAAAGCGGGAAACAACUUUUUCGUUAACUUUAUAUUACAUUAUACGAAUGUUCAGCCGCUAUGUCUAGUGUUACGUUUUCUCCUCCUUAUACACCACCGCAUUUAUUAGCUGAUAACCUUCCACUGAUAAGUCAAUCAAGUUCUGCCUUAGAUAAUCCAGAUUUUGAUGCUGUGCAAACAUUAUUGUAUAUGAGUGGACAACAAUCAAAAGAACAAUUUUGUGAAUCCCCUAAUUCCAAGAAUCUUCGUCAUCAUGUGGAUCUUACACCAUUUCAAUCAGAAGAUGAAAUGGAAGAUAUUAAUUCAAGAGCUCCAGCACAAGAAUCGGAACUAGCAAGACUAUUACUUACAAAUACACCUCCUUCAACUCCAGUUCCUCCUGUGACAGGUAUGCCUGUAUCAGUUAUUGUCAGAGCACCUCCUAGUUCAGCAAAUUCUGAAACUUCACAGAUAAAUCAAUCACCUGAGUCAUCUCUGCAAGGGCAGUCCAAAGAUGAUUCCAAUUCAAAAAAUACAAAUAUUGAGAACUCUCCAGUUUCUCAAGCAGAAACACAUAUUCCAGUAGCAGCUACAUGGCCCAAGGUAACACCAGUUGCAACAGUGCUGCCCAUUAGAGCAGUGGACAAUAUUCCAUGCAGCACUGCAUAUGUUACACCAAUUGCAAAACCUAUUACCAUUGCACCAAAAUUGUCAACUUCUACAGUUCUUAUUCCAGCUGUCACAAAUCUAAACCCUUGUUCUUCACCAGCAGCUCAAACAUUAAUACUGACUCCUGUUCCACAAUCACAAUCAACAAAUAUUUUAUCAUCUGGUUCAUCACUUAUGCAAUUGGUUGUAACAUCAUCUCCAUCUUUAGUGAGUAACGUGUUGUCAUAUUCUGUCCAAGAGCGCCAAAGACUAUUAGCUCCAGCUCCUUUAUUACUAACAGCACCAACAAAAAGCCAUAAUAUACCUGUUGAUAAUCGCAAAAGAACAUACCAGUGCAAUUUUCCAAACUGCAUGAAGACUUACUUCAAGAGUUCACAUCUAAAAGCCCACUUCAGAACACAUACAGGUGAAAAGCCAUUUGCGUGCACAUGGGAAAACUGCAACAGGAAGUUCUCCAGAUCUGAUGAACUUUCACGUCAUAAACGCACACAUACCGGAGAGAAAAAGUUUGUGUGUUCUGUAUGUAAUCGAAAAUUUAUGCGUAGUGAUCAUUUAGCAAAGCAUGUGAAGCGUCACACAACGGGUAGAUUAUCAAAUGUAAAAUACUCCAAAGCUUUACUACAUAAGUCAGACUCGAAGUCAGAUAUUUUACCUGACCACUGCUCUCUGUCACUUACUCCUUCUCUACUUCAAGUCAUCAUCCCAGCUGCACAGUGAUUGCAUUUGUAUAAAUAAAUAUUAUGAAUAAGAACAUUUAUACUUAAAUGUCUAUGUGUAAUAAUCCUUAAUAAACCAUUGUAUUUUCACCGACUAAAGAAUAUUAUGUAUGCAACAAACGUGAUGUUUGUUGUAUACAGUAACUUUUUUCUUUGGUAUAAAAUUAUAACUUAAGAUAAUUUUCAAGCUAUCACUAGUUUAUAUUUUAAUUUGAUCAGUAAAUUUGAAGGCAGUUUAAACAUUUGGCCAUCCGACAUUAUGGAAUUCCAACACUGUGUAAAUACCUGAAAUCUUUGUUUACAUAGCUUUAAACAAAAAAUUUUUAAAUAUUAAACUAAGUAAGUCAUUUCAUAUUAUGUAAACAAACUGUUAAUUAUCUAAACUGUCUCUGUAUUAUUCUCUUAAUAUUAAACUGCAUUCUGCUGUUAACAUUAAACAACUAAAAUUCCCUCCAGUAGUUUUGCCUAACCUAGAAAAUUAUACAGUUAUUAAAGAUAUGUAUUGAUAAUAAUUCGCUUUAUUAUAAUAUGUUAGUAUGCAAAGCCUGGUAUGCAAAAAAUUUUUGUUCUAAGAAGGUAAUGCAGACCACUGGAAAAUGCAAUGGUUUAAAAUUACGGAUGUUGUGUAUAUUAAAACUGUGAUAAUUUUUAAACACUUUUCUGCAAUGUGCUUAAUUUUAAAAUUUGCUAUACUUUCUUAAUAAUAUUAAGGUUAGGAAUAUUAUGCUUGAGAGAAGAAAAUAUUUUUUCUGUGUGGAAAUAUCCAUUUGUGUUUGCUUAAAAUGGUGCAAGUUUUGUUACUAUAAAACUUGAUCUUAUCUAAGAGCUUUAAAAUGUCGAAAUCGAGAUAAUAAAUUAGAAUUUACUAACUUAAUAAAUAAUUUUUGAAAUAGAGUAAUAUUUAUUAAAAUUUAUUAUCUUUUUAAGUUUGCAUGUGAACAUAACUUUUCAUGUCACAUAGGCAAGUGUAGUAGAAUUGUAUAAGUAGUGUUUUAUGUAAUGAUUCCUCUGAGUGCCAACUUAACUUUUCAAGUAUCCAUGUUGUUUUCAUUGAAUUCAUAUUAAAAGAAUUGGAUUCUAAUUUAUCUAUCUGAUCUCUAUUCUAAUCUCAAUUUUCUUGCAGAAUAAAAUAUUUUUCUAUAAAAUGUAAGGAAUAUGGGUACUUUAUUAGUGAAACCACCUUAAUAGAAGUCGCCAAAUUUUCAGAAUGUGCCAAAACUCUGUCAUCCACGUGCAUAAUAGUUUUUCAGCCAAUCAUACGCAUAACAAUUUUCAGUCAAGCAGCAUAGCCAUUUUCUUAUGCAUUCUAUUUAUUCUAUUCCAAGUUUCAAAAAUUUUUAUAGGCAAACUGCAAUAUUUGUUGCAUUCAGCUCAUUUUUAAAAUUUGCACAUAUGGAAUUUGCCAGCAAUGGAAAAAAACUGCCAUAAAAUUUCUGCAGAAAUUGCGUAUUUCACUACAGAAUUAUUAAAAGCAAACACAAUACAAUGUUCCCCAGAACAAAAUAAAAAAACAGCUUGUAAAUAGAUUAAUUGAUUGAUAUCUGGGAUAAAUAUCUUAUUGGAAUAUAAUAAGUAUUUUUCAAAUGAAUUGAAUAAUGACUAUAUGUUAUUAUUUUUCAUCUUAUUUUCAUCAUUUUUUUCAAAAAGUCACCAAAUUGCAUUAAGGUGGUUACAUUAAUACGCAAGUACCAGAAUAUGUGAUAGAAAAUAAAAAUUAAAGAUAACAUAAUUAAUAUAAUUAAAUAGUGUGUUCUGUAUGUAAUAAUAUAUAAUAACUUUAUAACGUUUUCAGCUAAGAUACAUUUUCUUAAAGUACAUUAAAUAUUCAAAAAAAUAAGUCAUUUUUUAUACCUAUAGGCAUAAAAAAUUUCUUUUAUUAUAUAUAUAUAUAUAUAUAUAUAUAUUAUAUUUCAGAGCUUAGUUAUGUGCUCUGCUUGUAAGUUAAAAGAUAUUUAUAGUUGAGUUUAAACUUAUAAAUUUCUUUUCAUUUCUUACAAAUUAAAAAUGUGAUUGUGAGUGGAAUUACAUAAUAAUUUAAGUUUCAUUUGCAUUGUAAAGAAGUUAUGUAAAUAGUUUUAAACACCGAAAAUGUGAAUAAUCUCAUCUGUAACAUAUUCAUAUAAAAUAAAUUAACUGUUUUAUUGUC